CAACAUAAAUAAUACCAAAGUAACCAAACCAAAAUUCGUUUUGUCGGCGUUGUUGUAUCACCACGUGUGAAUCAGUUCUUGAAAUAAUAAUAAACAGUGAAAAUGGCUAGUGAUUUGGAAAAGAAAAUCAUUCGUCAAAUUGAGUACUACUUUGGCGACAUAAAUUUGCCGAGAGACAAAUUUCUUCAAGAAAAGAUAAAAGAGGACGAGGGAUGGGUUACACUGGAAGUCCUCCUAACUUUCAAGAGACUUGCCGCUUUAUCCUCAGACCCAGAAGUAAUUGCCAAAGCCGUGGAGAAAUCUGAAAAUAAGCUUGUAGAGGUUAGUGAAGACCAAAAAAAACUCAGACGUAACCCAGAAAAACCUCUCCCAGAGCUAGAUGAUGACCGCCGCAAAGAACUUAUGGCAAGAACUGCCUACGCUAAGGGUUUCCCACUAGAUGAGGAAUUGAACGACAUUCUAAGUUUCUUGGAAGCUUACGGCCCUAUAGAAUCGUGCAUACGUCGUUCGACAAAGGACCACAAAUUUAAGGGGUCAUGUUUUAUAAUAUUCAAAGAAAUGGAGAAGUGUAAGAGUUUCAUUGAAAAAGAAAGCUUGAAGUAUAAGGACACCGAAUUAAUAAGGAAAUGGCAGAAUGACUACUUCGAAGAAAAGAAAAAGGAGAUAGAGGAACGAAAGAAGAACAAAAAGGAGAAGAAAGGAAACGCAGAGGAUAAGCCAGAAAAGCAGCUGGAGUUCCCUAAAGGGGCAGUGAUACACUUCAAAGGCUUGGAGGAAGGGCAGACUUUAACAAGGGAAGAAUUGAAAGAGAAGGUGAAGGAGGUAGGAGGAGUGGAUCUCGCCUUUGUAGAUUUCAACAAAGGCGAUUUGGAGGGGUACGCGCGGUUUCCCGAAGAAAACAACGCCGUCGAGUUUAUGAAGAAGUUGACGGACGGAGAGUUGGAGGUGGAAACGUUCAAAUUGAACCUGCGCUUGUUGGAAGGUGAGGAAGAAGAGGCAUACUUGAAGAAAACUUCCGAUACGGUGAUGGAAUUGAGAAAGAAACAGAAACAAUCUAGUAGGAAUAAUAGAAAACGUAAAGGGAACUUUGGAGGUCAUGGUAGAGAAGCGAAGUCAAAGAAAAAUGAAUAGUUUUAGUUUUUAAGUUUUCAGAUGUUUUCUUGUAUGUUUUAUUUUUUAUUGACUGUAACUGAAAGUAUGACCAUUCUCUUGUUAAGUUUUUGUAUGAUUUCUAAUUUGAUCCUGAAUUUAGGAUAAGUUAGUGGAAAAAUAUAUCGAUGUAAAUAUAUUUUAUUGUAUUGCACUCUAAAUAUAUAUUUGUAACGAUAAAUGCAUAAACUAUUAACAUACUUUGACAAAGUUGGUAUGUUAUAUCAAAUGUAAGAGUUAAGAAAACAAUAAAGUGGUUAAAAUAU